UUUUUUUUCUCUCAAGAUAAGGAUGCACGCCAAUUUCCAAGAUGGCGGCGGAGGGAGGAGGGAAGGAGAUGAACGAAAUUAAAACUCAGUUCACCACACGAGAAGGCGUCUACAAACUCCUCAGCCACUCCGAAUACAGCCGCCCCAACAGGGUGCCUUUUAACUCGCAAGGUUCGCAUCCCGUCAAGGUUUCCUUCGUCAAUGUAAACGACCAGUCCGGCAACGGCGACAGGAUUUGUUUCAACGUGGGCCGAGAGCUCUACUUUUACAUCUACAAAGGCGUGAGAAAGGCUGCUGACCUCAGUAAACCUGUGGAUAAGAGAAUAUACAAAGGAACGCAGCCCACAUGUCAUGACUUCAACCCCCUCACGGCCACAGCGGAGAGUGUCUCCCUGCUGGUGGGCUUCUCAGCAGGACAAGUGCAGCUCAUAGAUCCAGUAAAGAAGGAAACCAGCAAGCUCUUCAAUGAAGAGAGGCUUAUAGACAAAUCACGGGUAACAUGCGUACGAUGGGUUCCUGCUUCCGAGAACCUGUUUUUGGUGGCUCACGCCAGUGGGAGCAUGUACUUGUACAAUGUGGAACACACCUGCGGCACGACAGCACCUCAUUACCAGCUACUUAAGCAGGGCGAAAACUACGCUGUGCACACCUGUAAGAGCAAGUCCCCACGGAACCCAUUACUCUGCUGGACAGUGGGCGAAGGGGCGCUGAAUGAGUUUGCCUUCUCCCCGGACGGGAAGUUUCUUGCUUGUGCCAGCCAGGAUGGCUUUCUGCGGGUGUUCGGCUUUGACGCUGCAGAGCUCCACGGAACCAUGAAGAGCUACUUCGGCGGGUUACUGUGUGUGUGCUGGAGCCCAGACGGACGGUACAUCGUGGCAGGAGGAGAGGACGACCUGGUGUCAGUGUGGUCGUUCUCAGACUGCCGCGUGAUCGCACGCGGGCACGGACACAAGUCCUGGGUGAGCGUGGUAGCUUUUGACCACAGUACCACCAGCGUGGAAGAGGGCGACCCUCCUGCUGAGUUCAGUGGCAGUGAUGAGGACUUCAAUGAGCAGAUUCACUUUGGCAGGGGCAGAGACAGAGCUAACAGCGCUCACUCGCGGCUUUCUCAGAGAAACUCAACAGAUAGCAGGCCGGUUAGCGUAACCUACAGAUUUGGCUCAGUGGGUCAAGAUACACAACUGUGUUUGUGGGAUCUUACAGAGGACAUUCUCUUCCCGCACCUCCCUUUAUCCCGAACCAGGACUCACACCAACAUCAUGAGUGCCACUGGACACUCUACAACUUUAACCACCACCACUAAUUCCAGUGGUGUUAAUGGUAACAACAGCAUGAGCAAUAGCAGUACCAGUGGCAACCCCCCAAACUCCAUCUCCAGUGCUUUGCCUCGUUCCAACAGCUUGCCACACACCUCCAACCCAGGAGGGGGCAGCACCCCUAACAGCCACACAGGCAACAACAGUGGCAGCACAAAGGGCAGUGGCAGCAUCAUAGAUGGCACUCUUAUUGCUACCGGUGUCAGCAAAUUCGCAACGCUGUCGAUACAUGACUCGCGCAAGGAGCGCCAUGAGAAGGACCAUAAGCGGAACCACAGCAUCGGUCACAUGAGCAGCAAGAGCAGCGACAAGCUCAUCAACCAGCUGAACUACUCGCGGACGGCCAAGGCCGACAACACCAAGGCUCUGGGCACGACGCUGUGCCCACGCAUGCAGGACGUGCCGCUGCUCGAGCCGCUGGUGUGCAAAAAAAUUGCUCACGAGAGACUCACUGUGCUAAUCUUCCUGGAGGACUGUCUGGUAACGGCGUGUCAGGAGGGUUUUGUUUGCACAUGGGCCAGGCCUGGGAAAGUGGUGAGUGAUAGGCCCGUUGAGAACACUGUCAUGUGACACCUCCAAA